CUUGUAUUGGCUGCUCUUCUCUCGCGGGGGUCCACGUGCGCGCGUCUGUGGAGGGCUCUGGCAGGCUCCAGAUUUUUGCUCCUUAAUCCAAAGUGAGCUGUGAAGGAACGGACCUCUCGGGAAGAAGGCACUCCUCACCUGCAGCGACGAUGAGCGAACGACUGGAGCAACGCACAGCAGGCCAGCCUGAAGGUAAGGUGUCCUCCAAACAAAAGGUCAUCACUGUGGACGGCUUGACCCUGAAUGGCCCUCUACAUGACAAUAAGGCUGGCGAGCUCUUCGUGGAGGAGGCCUUCCAGAUCAUUAUGGACGAGGUCGUCAAGAAAGGAUGCAACGUAAAGGAGAAGGUCUGUGAAUGGAAGGAUCCAGAGAUGCUAAGGGAUCUGUUGGACUUGGAGCUCGGAGACAGCAAUGAGCCCCAUGAGAAGCUACUGCAGCUGUGCCGCGACGUGGCCAGGUUCAGCGUGAAAACCAAUCACCCCAGGUUUUUCAAUCAGCUCUUUGCAGGACUGGACCACCAUGCACUUGUUGGACGGUUCUUGUCGGACUCUCUGAACACGAGUCAGUACACGUAUGAGGUUGGCCCGGUGUUUGUCCUCAUGGAGGAGGUGGUGCUCACCAAACUGAGGGCUAUCAUUGGCUGGAACUCAGGGGAUGGUAUUUUCUGCCCGGGGGGCUCCAUUUCCACCAUGUAUGCAAUGAACCUAGCCAGGUAUCGGGCCUUCCCGGAGGUAAAGGUGCGAGGCCUCUGGUCGCUGCCAAGGCUGGCGUUAUUCACCUCUCAGGAGUGCCACUAUUCUGUGAAGAAGUCUGCAUGUUUUCUUGGAAUUGGGUUGGAGAAUGUGCUGUUGGUCGAUGUCGAUGACAGGGGCAUAAUGAUUGUAGAAGACCUAGUGAAGAAGAUAGAAAAAGCAAAGUCGGAGGGCAUCUUCCCAUUCAUGGUGAGCGCUACAUCUGGCUCCACAGUCUUUGGAGCUUUUGACCCCUUGGAUGAGAUUGCUGAUGUCUGCCAAAAGUACCAGCUUUGGUUUCAUGUGGAUGCUGCCUGGGGUGGAAGUGUGCUGCUUUCAAAGAAACACAGGCACCUGAUGAGAGGUAUUGACAGAGCUGACUCAGUGGCCUGGAACCCCCAUAAAAUGAUGAUGGCUGGCUUGCAGUGCUCUGCUUUUCUGCUAAAGGACACAAGUAACCUGUUGAAGCAGUGCCACUCAGCCAAUGCCACCUACUUGUUCCAGCAAGACAAGUUCUAUGAUAUUAGUUAUGACACAGGAGAUAAGUCCAUCCAAUGUGGACGCAAGGUGGACUGUCUGAAGCUCUGGCUUAUGUGGAAAGCCAGAGGCACUCGUGGACUGGAAGAGCGAGUGGACCGAGCCUUUACCUAUACGAGAUAUCUCGUGGAUGAAAUGAAGAAGAGGGAAGGGUUCCAAUUGCUACUGGAGCCCCAGUUUGUUAACAUAUGCUUCUGGUACAUUCCACCAAGUUUGCGGGGGCAACAAGGCCAGGAAGGCUAUGAGGAGAAACUGUCCAAGGUGGCCCCAAUUGUAAAAGAACGCAUGAUAAAAAAGGGCAGCAUGAUGGUGGGCUACCAGCCACGUGGCAGCCAAGUGAAUUUCUUCCGUAUGGUGGUGAUCAGCCCACAGAUUACCCGUGAAGACCUGGACUUCUUCCUGGAUGAGAUUGAGAGCCUGGCCAGUGAUCUGUGAUGUAAACCAACCAGCAAGAAAGAGAAGGACCAGAAGGACAAAGCUGCGCAAAUGAAGGCUACAAUCUCCUGAUGAAUAGAGUUCAUAAAUGCAGAUAAGAACGUUUUGACCGUGAGAACAUGGACUUGGGCACCACAAGGGAAUGCCACCUCUUAUUACUGAGCACACAUAGGUAUUAGUAGGCAUGACACCUGUUUAAAUAGGUCCAGUGCAGAGUUUCAUAACGUGCUUAAGGUGAACAUUUGAAAAACUGUCACUCUGGCUUUGAGAUGCUCACAGCAUUUCAUUUUUGAUGUGUAUAGUGCCUUGACUUUUUUUUUUUUUUUGCAGCUUAAUUAUUAGUUUCAAUUUGUUAUUUAAAUGUUCAUGCUAUUCUAUAGCAUUUUCUUUGGAGAGCACUAGAAAAUGUCACAUAAAAGCAAUCAAAGACACUAUUAAAAAUAUGCCAAAAAGUCUGUCAAUCAUUAGAGGGGGUGCUGGGUUUGCCCCAUCAGUAGAAGACUUCUGCCCUCUGUGUUCUGCAUGCAGCAAGCAGCAGGACCAGGAGGAGGCGCCCCACAUGUUCACCCUAAAAUAAAGUUUCUGUUCCACUCACUACAGGCAAGUAACUGGGAGGAGCUGCAUAUACGGAGGGACUUCUCCCCUGGUCAGCUGGGGACCCUUGUUUAGGAGUUUAAAAGUAACAGAGCUCAUUUUAUAUGCUAAAUGGAGAUAAGAAGAGUUUGGCAGUGAAAAUGUGGACUUUUGCCUUCAUCUAGCGAUUUCUUUGGCUCAAAAUGGGAUUUUUUUUAAUGUUACUUACCCCAUGUACUUUGUACUGGUGGCAAAGAAAAAAAAAUUAUCUCAUGUUGUCAUGCAGAAGGGACAGAAAGAAGUUUAUGACAUAACAGAACUCAGUGGUGGUCAGUGUUGUACAAUGGCUAACACAGUGAGAAAUGUAUAUGGAAAAAAGAAAAGAAAAUUUCAUGUGACACAUAUCUGUUACCCAGUCAUUUGCUUAAAACAUGGAAAACAAAUUCUUUUUUUUUUUUGCUGAAAUAUUGUUAUGUCUGGAAUUAUCAUUACAGCGAGAAGGUUUUAAACGUUUUAUCCCAUUAAAUACAUUUGCAAAUACA